GUGGACCGACUACGUCCCGCUGGGCAGGAGGAUGCCGGGCACCCGCUUCAUCGCCUUCAAGGUUCCUCUGAAAAAGAGCUUUGAUCAGAACCUUCACCCAGAGGAGAGAUUUUCGCCUCGUGACCUCAUUAAGAAAAUUAAAGAGCAGAAGGAAGAACUAGGCCUGAUCAUUGACCUGACAUACACAACUCGCUACUACAGGCCAGAGGAGCUCCCAGCCACACUCUGCUAUUCAAAGAUCUUGACAAUGGGGCAUGAAAUACCAAACAGGCACACCAUUUUUCAAUUCAAAUGCGUUGUAAAGAAGUUUUUGAGAGACAACAGAGACAACGAUAAACUCAUCGGAGUUCAUUGCACGCAUGGCUUAAACAGAACUGGCUACCUGGUUUGUAGGUACCUGAUUGAUGUUGAAGGCAUGGAGCCAAAUACUGCGAUAGAGUUGUUCAACAGGGCUCGAGGGCAUCCUAUAGAGAGACCCAACUAUAUCCAGGAUCUUCAGAAGAGAUCUGUGAAACCUUAUUUCCCGCGGGAUGGGCCUGGGAAGUGUCGCUCGGUGGGGCGGGAGUCGGUGGUGCCUGCGGCGUUCCCGGAUGUUGCGGCGGCUCCUGAUUGGUUGCUGGAAGCGAGGCGGGGCGGAGCUAUCGGCAGUUCGGCGACAACCCGGAAGCGCUGCGGGGUGGCGGCGCCAG